CAGCUUCUCGCUCGGGCCGCACCUGGUCGUGGUCCUCAGCGACUUCCGCAGCGUGCGCCAGGCGCUCGUGCAGCAGGCCGCCGUCUUCAGCGACCGCCCGCGCGUGCCGCUCGUGUCCCUCGUCACCAAGGAGAAGGGGAUCGUAUUUGCACAUUAUGGUCCAGUCUGGAGACAGCAGAGGAAGUUCUCUCAUUCAACUCUUCGUCACUUUGGCUUGGGAAAGCUUAGCUUGGAGCCCAAGAUUAUUGAGGAGUUCAGCUAUGUGAAAGAGGAGAUGCAGAAGCAUGGAGAAGGCCCCUUCAGCCCCUUCCCCAUUGUCAGCAAGGCCGUCUCCAACAUCAUCUGCUCCUUGUGCUUCGGCCGGCGCUUUGAUUACAACAAUAGUGAGUUUAAGAAAAUGCUGGAUCUUAUGUCACGAGCAUUAGAAAUCUGUCUGAACACCCAGCUCCUCCUGGUCAACAUAUGCUCCUGGCUUUAUUACCUUCCCUUUGGACCGUUUAAGGAAUUAAGACAAAUUGAAAAGGAUAUAACCACUUUCCUUAAAAAAAUCAUCAAAGACCAUCGGGAGUCUCUGGAUGUAGAGAACCCUCGGGACUUCAUAGAUGUGUACCUUCUCCACAUGGAGGAGGAGAGGAAAAAUAACAGCGAGGGUAGUUUUAACGAAGAUUACUUACUUUAUAUCAUCGGAGAUCUCUUCUUUGCUGGGACUGAUACCACAACUAACUCUUUGCUUUGGUGCCUUCUGUAUAUGUCACUGAACCCUGAUGUGCAAGAAAAGGUUCACGAGGAAAUUGAAAGGGUCAUUGGUCCUCACCGAGCACCGUCCCUCACUGACAAGGCCCAGAUGCCCUACACAGAAGCCACCAUCAUGGAGGUGCAGAGGCUGACUGCGGUGGUGCCGCUCUCCAUUCCUCAUAUGACCUCGGAGACAACAGUGCUCCAAGGGUAUACCAUUCCUAAAGGCACAGUGGUCCUACCCAACUUGUGGUCAGUACACAGAGACCCAGCCAUUUGGGAGAAACCGAAUGAGUUCUAUCCUAAUCGAUUUUUGGAUGAUCAAGGACAACUUAUUAAAAAAGAAUCCUUUAUUCCUUUUGGGAUAGGGAAGCGGGUGUGUAUGGGAGAGCAACUGGCCAAGAUGGAAUUAUUCCUCAUGUUUGUGAGCCUAAUCCAGAGUUUCAAGUUCGCUUUACCUAAGGAUUCUCAGAAGCCCAUCCUGACUGGAAGAUACGGUCUCACGUUAGCCCCACAUCCAUUUGAUAUAAUCAUUUCUAAGAGAUAAAGAACAUCUCCAAGAGAUGGUAAACAGAAGGUGAAUGCAUGUCCUUCUAAACAGCUUCUUCCUUCUGCAGUUGACAGCGGAUCCGGGUUAGGCU